AUGGAGGAGGAAGCUGUGGAUCUAGGGGGUCCAGUGCUGCUUCUGAGGCUGGAGAACGUAGCUCUGGAGGUGGGUGGUCUUCCCGAGUGCAUGGUUACGGGUCUGUCUAUGAAGGUGGCUCGUAUUCUUCUGGAGGCGCUUCCCAUGAAUGUGUAUAAAGGAGGUGCUGAGGGGUGUCAGAGCAGAGGGGCCCUUUCUGAGCUGCAGGCUCUUCUCUCCUCCAGCCUCUUCCCCUCCACAGCCUCUGCCAGCAUGAGCCAGCAGCUGUCAGCUGGAAGGUCUUUCCAUGGAAGAAAGUUCUUCUCGUCAUUUUCUGCUGUCAGUGGCGUGAGCCGCUGUCGAUGCAGCACUUCCCCCUCUGCUGCAAUGUUUGGAAGAGGAUCUGGAGCCUGGAACCACAGCAGCCAGAGCCUCCCAUACACAGCCAGGUAUCAAUGGGUUUAUUCUGGCGCAGGGGCUCUCAGUGAUGGUGGGAGUCACAGGUUGGGUUUCCGUGGCAGGAGCUGCAGAAGGGAAGGUAUCCGUGUGGUUCACAUCAACCAGAGCCUGCUGCAGCCCCUCGAGGUGGAGCUCAACCCCGAAAUCCGGCACAUUCGAAAGCAGGAGAGAGAACAGAUGAGGAGCCUCAAUAACCAGUUUGCUGCUUUGAUUGACAAGGUGCAGCAUCAGGAGCAGCAGAACAGGGUGCUGGCCACCAAAUGGGACCUACUCCAAAAGCAGGUCCUGCCAUCCCAGAAGAAUAUCAAGCAUGCCCUCAACAGCUUCAUUUGCAGCCUGCAGAGGCAGUUGGACUCACUGCUGCAGGAGAGGGGGCAGAUGGAGCCUGAGCUGAACAACAUGGAGAAGCUUGUUGAGGAGCUCAGAUGCAAAUAUGAGCAGGAAAGGAACAGACGCACAACAGCUGAGAAUGAGUUUGUAUUACUGAAAAAGGAUGUGGACUGUGUCUAUUUGACCAAGGCAGAACUGGAAGCAAAGCUAGAAACCCUAAAGCAGGAGAUGGAGCUCCUGAAAUGUGUUUCUGCUCAGGAAAUGGCUGAGCUGGACAGAAGUCCUUGUGACACCUCUGUCAUCGUGAAAAUGGACAACAGCCGAGGCCUGGACAUGGGGGGUGUCCUCCAGAGUGUUGACUGCUGGCUUGAGGACCGAGCUCAGAGAAGCAAGGCAGAGCUGGAUUCCUUGUACAGCACUAGGUGUCAGGAGCUCGAGGAGACAAAGAGGAGACGUUGCGAGGAACUGAAGUCCCACCUGCAAGAGAUGGAAGAGCUGAGUUUUGUGAUCCAGAGCAGGCAGUGUGACUUUGAAAAUGUGAAGAAGCAGGUGUCCUCUCUGCAAACCUCCAUUUGUGAUGUUGAGCAGCGUGGGGACUGUGCCCUGAAAGAUGCCCGGGAGAAGCACGUGGAGCUGCAGAACGCCCUCCAGAAGGCCAAGGAUGAGCUGGCUUGCAUGCUGCGGGAUUACCAGGAGCUGCUGAACGUCAAACUGGCCCUGGAUAUCGAGAUUGCAACAUACAAGACUCUACUGGAGGGCGAAGAGAGCAGGAUACACCUUGGGAGCCCAGUGAGAGUGUUGAUCACCACCCCUUGCAACACCAUCUUGGGCUGUGAAGCUGACCUGGGACUUGGAUCUGGCAGGCAGUCCAGAAGAUGCAGGUCCUCCUGCAGCACUGAGCUGAAAGAGCCCUAUUGUUUUGACUUCCCAAAUGUCGCUUUGGAGAAGGCCCUGAGACAGUUGGCAGACAGGUCCACUGUCUAA